AUGGCGGCGGGCGCGGCGGGAACCCGCGCGGUCCUGGCGCUGCUCGUCUUGUGCUCGAUGGCCGCCGGCGCCGCGGGGACAACUGGUUUUAUAAAGUCACCGCUGUCUCAAAAGAGACUGACUCAGGACAGCGUGGAGUUGUACUGCGAGGCGAUUGGCAAUCCCAUCCCUGAGAUCCAGUGGUGGUUUGAGGGGAACGACCCCAAUGAGACCUAUGCUCAGCUCUGGGAUGGCGCACGGCAGGACCGUGUCAAAAUCAACGCCACCUACAACCUGCACUCUACCAGCACCAUCUCCAUCGCCAACCUCACGGGCGACGACUCGGGCAUGUAUGAGUGCCGGGCUAGCAACGACCCCGACCGCAACCACUUGUCGAAGAGCCCCAAAGUCAAGUGGAUCCGUUCCCAGGCGAACGUUUUUGUCAUCGAACGUCCAGAAAUUGCUGCUCAUGUCAUUGAGAGUCCUGGCAAGCUGAUCCUCAGCUGUAACAUGUCUGCACCACACCCCCCCAUCACAGGCCACAAGUGGAUGCACGGGGGGAACAUCCUGGAGGAGGACGAGAACACGGGGGCUUCUACCACCUACACAAUCGAUGGCCAGAGGAGCUCUACCCUCCCCAGUUUAAAGUGGUGGUGGAAUGACUGCCUGGAAUGCAGCUCUCACUGCUUUAAGGGGAGGCAGAGGUCACUUUGUAUGUCCUCUUUCCUGACUGUUUUUUGUUUUCUCUUUCUGUGCUGUCCUGAAUGUGAAGAUGAUGAUGGAGGCUCUGCACCACUGAAGAGCAAUGCCACGAACCACAAGGACAAGAACGUCCGCCAGAGAAACGCAAACUAAGAGCUGGGCCAGGUGAUGUGUAGAUGAAGAGCUCGUCUGGACAAUUUUGUUUUCUUUUAAUUUUUUGGUAAAAUAGCACCAUGGAAUAUUCUAGUGCGUCCUUGCGAUUCAGUUACUUCACUUUCUAAGGAAACUUAAGUUGUAGAAUAUAAAAUACUUUUUUUUUUUUUUUUAAAGAGUCGUGGGAGGGUUUUUCUACCUGUAAAUGUAAAUCCUUUGUUCCUGGUAGUGUAGGUCUCUGGCUGUCUCUGUCCUAGGUUAUUUCAUGUUGGUACAGAGUGGGGAGCGGGGGGGUGGGAGUGCAGCUGUGUCCCACCUGCUUGUGGGGGUGAGGGAGGAGCUGCUUUGGUGGCUGUUGGGGCAUGACCUGAUCUGACCAGAGGGGUCAGGAAGGUUCUGUGUCUUUCCCAGUGCGUCACCAGGAGCAAGGCUGCACCUUUCCCUGACAAAGGGCUCGUUCCUGGCAUGUUCCUGUGGGGCAGAUUCCCAGUCAGCUCCUGCUGAGCUGUUCUUGGUUAGUCUGAAACAGGCAGCCAGGAGCUGGAUGCUGGAUAAAUGAUUGCUGUAACUUAUUCCAUGGGUUGUUCAUGUCUCUGCAGUGGGGAGGGGCAGGGUGAGCCGGGGGUGAUUUUAAGGUUUAACAGCGUGUGCUUGUGCUUGAGCCAGCACGGUGUGUGUGUGAUGUGGGGGCCUGUGAGCAGACAAGUGCUCAGGGGAAUCUAACACCUUUACUGCUGGGUAACAUUGAACUGUUCCAUCUGUUAACACUUCACAAAUAAAGAUGAUUCCUCUCUCGUUUUUUCCA